UUCACACAAGUUAAACUAAAGAAAAAUGCAAAGCGUCCUUCGUUGCCCACAGCAGUCGGCCCGAUUUCGCGCGACAGCGCCGAGCUCGGUGCCCAGCGUUCGCGUGCCCUCGGCGAUUCCUUCGUAUGCUAGCCAACAACUGUCUAGCAUCGCGGCACCAGGCGCAUCUGGGCAGAGCGCAAGCAGCAAGCGCGGGGUGAUUGCUCGUGCGACCACCGACGAGAGCGCCACCCAGUUUGACGUCAAUGCUGCAGCGGCGCCUCUGGAUAACACUGAGGAGCUUGGGCCGCGCGAUGACGAUGUGCUACCCAACAGCCUAGCUGACUCCAUCGACCAGGCCGCGAAGGCCACCGCGGAAGCCAUCCAGCGUGGGAACAUGCGCUGCCAGGUCGAGCUGCACCUGCCUGAGUUCUGGGACCCCAUCUCCGGCCCCAUCUUCCCCAACCGCGGCGACCAGGAGCGCUUCUGGCGCAUGACGCGGCGCUUCCUGGAGCAGCUGGCCAUCAGCCUGGGCUCCACUGGAUACAUCCGUGCGGUGUACCCUGACGCGGGUGUGGCGGCCAUGCUGAGCCACCAGUGGGCGGACCGCCAGUUCAACAUCGCGUCGCUCAACGACCGCAAGCCGGUGGACGCCGACGACGAGCUGGUAGUGAUCGCCUGCCCCGACCCGCCCGGGGCCGAGGAGUGCAUGCGCCUGGUGCGCACCAUGUCGCAGCAGGCUGAGACGGAGGGCGCCCUGGACCGACCCAUCGUGCUGUUCAACCAGCGCCUCAGCAGCGGCGAUGUGGGCCUGGGCCUAAACAGCCGUCGCAUUCGCAGUCAGUUCCUACAGAACUUCACAGUCACCUACUCGCUGCGCCCCAUCGGCGACAUCGGCUCCGUUUACCGCCGCUAUCCGGAGCAGUGGAAGGUGUUUGUGGAGGAGGAGAACAUGCCGGGCCGCUACCGCCUCAUCAAGGAGAGCGCCACGCGGCCGCAGGGUGAGGCGCUUGACUAUAUGGUCCGGGAGUUUCUGGAGGGCCCCGGCGCCAGUGGGGGCGAGGUGGGGGCGGAUGGCGAGGCCAAGCAGCCCAGCCUGCUGUCGCAGCUGGCGCGCACCGUCACCUCGCUCAACUACUUCAUGAAGAGUCUCAAGAACUAGACGGUGUCAGCUUGCUAGGGAACGCGGGCACGGGAGGUGGGGAAGAAGGGAACCUUCUCAGGCGUGGUGGCAUGAAGGGAGAUUGAAUCAUGAUGAGGGGCAGGGGUUGGCGGGCCGAGAAGGGAGGUGGACGAGGGCCAGACGGGGGCCAGAGGGCGGAGGGCGGCUGUGGGCCGAGGUUUGUUGUGGUGGAGUGGAUGUCUGUGUGGCAGUUGCAGAGGUGAUGACGGACGGUGUCAGGGCAUGUUGACACGGGAGGAGCAGUUUGGGCUAGUGGUGAGGGCACUGCUGUGCCCUGGAGGUGAGAAUGGGAGUGCCCUAGUGCCAGCCUGAUGCCAUAGAGCACACAUGAGUGUCGUGAUGGCUGGGGGGGGGGAGCCUAGGGCUGCUUCCAUUCAACCAUUCACAGGUCCGGACUGCCGGAGGGGCGCUGUGGCGCAUUUCCGGGUUUGCUCGGGUCGGAGUGUCAGCAUAAUUGACGUCAUUGACGUGGGCACGGAUGACAUCAGUGGCGCGGGACAUGUUGGGUAAGUUCGCUUCUGCUAUACC